GGAUCUGCACCAUGCUCUCGCUCGCCUCUCCGACCGCGUGCGGCUUCGCCGCGCCGCUGGCGCCCCGGUCUGCGGUCCGGUCGGCCUCGCCGUCCAUGCUCGCCGUCACCGACCUGGUCGGCGCGUCCACCGAGGUGUCCAACAAGGUGUGGGACCCGCUCAAGCUCUCCGAGAACAUGGACGAGUCCAACUUGAAGCUGGUGCGCGCGGCGGAGCUCAAGCACUGCCGCGUGGCGAUGCUGGCGACCGUGGGGUGGUUGUGGACCGCGACGGGCACCCACUUCGAGGGGAUGCUCUCCACCUCGUCCGGCGUCUCGUUCGCCGACGUCGCCGCUGCUGGCCCGCUGCUCGGAGCCGCGAAGGUGCCCGCCGCAGGCAUCUGGCAGAUGAUUGCAGCCAUCGGCGCGCUUGAGGUGUACUGGGAGAACAAGUACCCGGCCGCCGAGUGCGGCGGCGACUUCGGCGUGCCGCGCGUGACCCAGGACCCGGCAAAGUUCAAGGAGAUCCAACUCGCCGAGCUCAAGAACGGCCGCCUCGCCAUGAUUGGCAUCAUCUCCUUUGCCUGCGCCGAGGCCAUCCCCGGCUCCGUCCCGUUUUACCCAUUCUGAGGAGCCACUGCCGCUGGCGGCACGGGGCGGCCCCCGCGGAGCCCUCUAGCUCGUGCCGCGCUCGUUUGCCCCGCACGGCGCACACCGCGGCGUCUCUGCGUUUUGGGCACUCGAUUGACUUUCUCUCGAUCUCUCGUCUUUCCUGCCUCUCUUCUGGGAUCACGGAUCAGUGUCGUUGUGAUAAGAGAAAAGAGAGGACACACACAGCUUCG